AUGGGUGGGCCGCUGGCAGCGCAUGGCGGCAACCUGGCAGCAGCGGCCGCAGCGGCAGGCCUGCCGCCACUUCCGUCGGCCGCCGCGGGGCAGUUGGAAUUCCUCUUGCACCAAGAACUGCAGCAGCAGCACCACCACCAACAAAAGCAGCAGCAGCUGCUGCAGCAGGCUAGCAACAAUGCGGGCAAUGGCGACUUCCUGAGCCUGACGCAGACCCUGGCUGCGGCUGGGCUGCUGGGCCUGCCGCCCUUCUCGGCCAGCGGCGGCGCCCCCGCCGCCGGCAGCAGCCUUUCGGCGCUGCAGAACCUUGGGGGCCUGCCGGCGCUGGGCGCGUUUGACGCGCUGAGCAGCCUGCAGGCGCUGCACAGCAUGAAUGCGCUGCAGGGGCUGAGCAGCCUGGGCGCCCUGCCCGGCAGCCUUGGCCUGCCGGGCGGCGCCGCACUCCCCGCCGCGGCGCAGUGGCAGCCCUCGCUGAGCGCGCUGCAGCAGCAGGUGGCGGCGCAGCAGGCGGCCGCGGCCGCGGCAGGCGCCCGCGCCGGCGGGGGCGGGGCCGGCGCUAGCGUGGACGCCGAAAGGGAGCGCCGGGAUCAGGAGCUGCUGCAGCAGCUGCAGCGAAUGAACGAUGCGUGCGCCGGCAUCUCGCAGUCGGCCGCCGGCCAGGCCCCAGGCUCCGCACCUGUGGCGCCGGCAGCAGCUCCUGCGAGCGCCGCGCCCGCAACUAGGGGCAGCGGCGGCAGUGCGACGGCGGCAACAGCGCCUCGCAUGCCCAGCCAGCCAGCCGCGGCAGCAGCAGCGGCAGCGGCAGGGCCGCCGCCGGUCUUCGAUUUUGAGGCCCUGCUGCAAGCGCAGCAGAAGGCGGUCCAGCAGGUUGCGCAGGCAGCCGGGGCCGCAGGCAGCAGCCAGCCGGCGCCCUUUGCCCUGCCCCCCUCCACCCAGCAGGCGGUUCAGAAGAAGAAGAAGGCGAAAGCAGCAGGGGGGCGUGCGAGGCCGCAGCGCCGCAAGGCAGCCGGCGGCAAGGCCGCGGCACCCGAGCUGCCGCCAGAUGUGGCGGCGGCCCUGGCCGCAUGCGACCCCGCGACCGCUGCCGCCCUGCCACCCUUGCCAAGCCCUGCGUUGCCCGGCGCGGUCGGCGCCGCGGCGGCCUCGCUGCCGCCACCCGCCCUGGGCCAGUUGGAGGGGCAGCAGCAGGCGGCUCUGCUGCUCAGCAGCGGCGACGCCGGCGCCGGCGGCCAGACGGAUUCGGGAGAUGAGGCUGCGGGCAUGGAGGGCGUGGAGGGCGGCGAGGGCGACGCGCGGCUGGCGGAGGCGCGGCGCAAGAACCGAGAGGCGCAGCAGCGGUUCCGCGAGCGGCAGCGCGCCGCGGUGCGGGAGGCGGAGGUGAAGUAUGAGCAGGUGCUGGACCAGGUGGGGCGCCUGCGCCUGGAAAACAUCGAGCUGGAGCAGAGGAACCGAGUGAUGAUGGCGGCGCUGGGUGUGAGGGACUCCAUGCUCCUGGCAUUCAGCCUGGGCCAAUGCUCCGGCGCGGCCAGCGACAGCCGCGGCGGCGCCGCCGCGGCGGCGCACGGCGCGGGCAUGGCAGCUUUGGACACAGCCACCGCCCCCGCGGGGGAGCAGAAGUCGGCGCCGGCGGCCGCGCUGGCAGAGGCGGGGGCAAGGGGCGGCGGCGGGCAGGGCGUGGACGCGCGCGGCGCCUCGGCUGCGGCGGCCGCCCCCGGCGCAGGCGCCGACGCCGGCAGCCCCUCGGCCGCGGCGGCGGCGGCGCUGGUGGUGGCGGGCGUGCUCGGGAGGAGCCCCCGCUUCGCCGGCACAGCAAGGAGCGGCAGCGAGGUGAUUGAGGAGGUGGAGCCGGCGUCGCACGGGAUGCUGGAUGAGCCCGUUGCGCUGAGGACGGCGCGGGAGCUGGCUACCCCAGAAGACUACACCGCCUAUUACCAGCAGUCGCAGGUGGAGAUGAAGUUUGCGCUGCAGAUGUGCCGGGAGGGCGGGAUGGCGGAGGAAGACAAGAAAGCUGUGGAGGGAACGCACCGCCUCAUGCAGGAUGUGUGGCAGCAGUCCAUGCGCCUCUUCCCCAACCACGUCAAGACGUUUAUGCGGGACCUCUCUGCGCCCGACGGUACCGAGGGCGAGCGCUGGGAGGCGCUGGCGGCCAAGGUGGAGCUCUCAGAGGUUGACCUGCACCUGCUGUUCAGGGGGUACCGCCGCUUCCUGAAGCAGAGCUCGCGCAUCGCCCAGGACCGGCAGCACCUGCAGGGCCAGCUGCAGCAGGCGCUGGCCGCCCACGAGCGGCUGCUGGCCGCCGGCGCCGCCUGGCCGCGCCAGCUCACCAUGCACGCCCAGGCGGCGGCGGCACUGGAGGUGCUGGAUGUGGCGCAGGGGCUGGACAGCCUGGCGGAGCAUGAGUUCCACCUCAUCAUGGACUUUGGCCUCCUGCACAGCAACGUGCUGGGGCAGUUCCAGAUGGCAAUGAUCAACGCCGAGGCCGCGCCCUUUGUGCCCAACUUUCUGGAGAUUGCCCGCCGCGAGCUGCGGCUCGCCGCCGAGAGCGGCCGGCUGAUUAGCAGCGGCGGGGCGUCACUGACCUUCAAGGAGAUAGAGAAGCUUGCACCCGGGGAGGAGCAGGAGGAGGAGGAGGAGGAGGAGGAGGAGGAGCUCCAGGCUCCCGCCGGCGCCCCUGCGGCUGUCGCUGGCCCCUCGGACCGCGCCGCCGCCGAGGCGCUGGUACGCGAGGCAGUCGCCGGCAUUCGCCGCGACGCGGCUGCGCCAGGCACGCAGGCUUGCAGCGCCCACAAGGGCGGCGAGGGCAGCGCAGGCUCGUGCGGCGGGCCUGCCUCCUCCCUGCCCGCCGCUGCCCCGGCAGUCAUCGCGGCUGCCGCGGCCUGCACUUGA